CCCGGCACUUGCCAACAUGGAAGGUGGAGACAGCACAGUUUCCGUGGCAGGCCAUCGUGCUUCGGGUUCCGCAGCAGUGGCGGCGACCGUGCAAGCACUCCUGCAGGACGACUGUUACAGUGAAUUUUUAAAUGAAGACUUUGAUGUAAAAACUUACACUUCCCAGUCUAUUCAUCAAGCUGUAAUUGCUGAGCAACUAGCAAAGCUUGCCCAAGGGAUCAGUCAGCUGGAUAAAGAACUACACCUACAGGUUGUUGCAAGACAUGAAGAUUUACUGGCACAAGCAACUGGAAUUGAGUCUUUGGAAGGUGUUCUUCAGAUGAUGCAGACGAGAAUCGGAGCUUUACAGGGAGCUGUUGACAGGAUGAAAUCAAAAAUUGUUGAGCCAUACAAUAAAAUAGUGGCCCGUACUGCACAACUGGCAAGGCUGCAGGUUGCCUGUGAUUUGCUUCGGAGAAUAAUUCGCAUCUUAUAUCUCAGUAAGAGGCUCCAGGGACAACUGCAAGGAGGAAGUAGAGAGAUAACAAAAGCUGCUCAGAGUCUUAAUGAACUUGAUUAUCUUUCUCAAGGAAUAGAUCUUUCUGGGAUAGAAGUAAUAGAGAAUGAUCUACUCUUCAUUGCAAGAGCUCGACUUGAAGUGGAAAAUCAAGCUAAGCGUCUGCUGGAGCAAGGUGUGGAGACCCAGAAUCCAACUCAGGUUGGAACAGCACUUCAGGUUUUCCAUAAUCUUGGGACUUUGAAGGAUACUGUUACCAGUGUCGUGGAUGGAUAUUGUGCUGCUUUGGAAGACAGUAUCAACAAUGCAUUGGACGUCAAAGUUCUGACUCAACCUUCCCAGUCAGCCGGGCGAGGAGGCCCCGGGCGAGCCAGCAUGCCUAGUCCAGGAAACACAGCGGCUUUCCGGGCUUCCCUCUGGACCAAUAUGGAAAAACUUAUGGAUCACAUCUGUGCAGCUUGUGGACAGGUACAACACCUACAAAAAGUAUUAACCAAGAAGAGAGAUCCUGUUUCUCACAUUUGUUUCAUUGAAGAAAUAGUUAAGGAUGGACAGCCUGAAAUUUUAUACAUGUUUUGGAAUGCAGUCACUGUGGCACUUUCUUCUCACUUUCACACGGCAACAAACUCUUCUAUGUUUUUGAAACAAGCAUUUGAAGGUGAAUACCCUAAACUGUUACGUCUUUAUAAUGACUUAUGGAAGCGUCUUCAGCAGUUCGGUCAAAAUACCCAAGGGACUUUCAGUAUGAGUGGACCUGACCUCUGUGUUGACCUCCCACACAUGGAAGACGAUGCACAAGACAUGUUCAUACUGAAAAGGCCAGAUUAUGAUCCAGAAAAAGCUUUGAAAGAUUCACUGCAACCUUAUGAGGCUGCUUAUCUCUCAAAAUCCCUAUCACGACUCUUCGACCCCAUCAACUUGGUUUUUCCUCCUGGUGGACGCAGUCCUCCUUCCUCUGAUGAGCUUGAUGGGAUCAUUAAAACUAUAGCAAGUGAACUCAAUGUAGCUGCUGUUGAUGCAAACCUCACAUUAGCUGUGUCAAAAAAUGUGGCAAAGACCAUCCAGUUAUAUGCUGUGAAAUCAGAGCAGCUUCUCUGUACUCAAGGAGAUGCAAGCCAGGUGAUUGGACCUCUCACUGAUGGACAGAAGAGAAAUGUGGGCGUGGUGAACUCCCUGUUCAAGCUGCACCAGUCAGUAACAAAGGUGGUUGCCAGCCAGAGCUCAUUCUCAGCAGCAGCUGAGCAAACUAUACUGUCAGCCCUAAAGACAAUUCACGAUCUUAUGGGGAAUGCCAUACAGCCCUUGCUGACAUCAGUGGCAGAUGCGAUCGAGGCCAUAAUCAUCACCAUGCAUCAGGAAGAUUUUUCUGGGGCAUUAACCAGCUCAGGAAAGCCUGAUGUCCCCUGUUCCCUGUACAUGAAAGAGCUACAAGGCUUCAUUGCCAGAGUCAUGAAUGACUACUUUAAGCACUUUGAAUGCUUGGAUUUUGUUUUUGACAACACUGAAGCUAUUGCCCAAAGAGCCAUUGAACUUUUCAUCCGCAAUGCCAGUCUCAUAAGACCUCUCGGUGAAGGCGGGAAACUGCGACUUGCUGCUGAUUUUGCACAGAUGGAGUUGGCUGUGGGUCCACUUUGCAGACGAGUGUCGGAUUUGGGAAAGUCCUAUCGGAUGCUGAGGUCAUUUAGGCCGCUGCUCUUCCAGACAAGUGAGCAUGUGGUGGACAGUCCGGCGGUGGGAGACGUCAUACCAUUCAGCAUCGUCAUUCAGUUCCUGUUCACCAGAGCGCCGGCUGAGCUGAAAUCCCCCUUCCAGAGGGCAGAAUGGUCCCAUGCACGCUUCUCCCAGUGGCUGGAUGAUCAUCCAUCUGAAAAGGACAGGCUCCUCCUCCUCAGGGGAGCCCUGGAAGCAUAUGUUCAAUCCGUGAGAAGCAGGGAAGGCAAAGAAUUUGCACCAGUUUACCCCAUUAUGGUUCAGCUGCUUCAGAAGGCUCUGUCUGCUCCUCAGUGACCGCUGCCUCCGUGCAGACCCGGCAACGGUGGCAACCAGCAACUAAAGAUCACGGUUGAUUGUCUGUACUUCCUAUUGCUCUCUAGCACUUUUACUUUAAAAUGUCAAAACAGAUCAAUCAUCACAACCUUCAGAUUGCAUACCCAUGGUCUUUUCACACUGGUGCCUACCAUGGUUUCCUGUUCUAGAUUUUGGAGGAAGGCUAUUUUGUUGAUUCCCUAUUAUUUGCACUGCAGUUAAAGGGACAGUAUCAAGUCACCUGCUUUCCCCAAGCCUGCCACUUUCUUUAGUGUUAAGCACAUAACCAACCAGUAAAAAAAGAGUCACAUCAGCAGGGAGUUCACGAGUACACACCCGACAGAGCAGCUCUCCCCACAGUGAUGUGGACAUGCACAGUCAAGCCAAGUAACUAUGGCGGAGCGCAAGGCUGAGGCAGACACACUGCUAAAUGUGCUUUACUAGAUCUAACUAGAUUUAAAUGAAGUCACAGUUUCUUUCCAUUGCCAUUUUACUAAAAACAGGCACUCAGGGUUUUGCAAAAAAUUUAAUUUCCUUUCUACAAAGAAUUUCUAUAAAAAGCAAUUAUAAGGUCUUAUUUUUCUAUUGUCUUUACUCCAUUAUUUUAAUUUUUAAAACCCCACCAGAAACCUACUUAUACCAUCAGAACUCAGUUUUAUCAAUGUUUUCCAUCUGCUUAUCAGAUUAUACUCUGAUAGCUAUACAUGAAUUCAGUCAAUCAGAAAUCAGAGAUAGACCUUUUUUUUCCUUUUAUUUGAAAUAAUAUACAAGAAUAUAGUGUGCAAAAUUGAGGGGCAAUGUUUAACAAGUGUAAUGAACUGAAAUCAAUUUUACAGCUGUGAUUCCUAACCAAAAAUACCACUCGGUAAGUAACAUGAGAAGCCAUGAUUGUAGCUCAGAGCAAAAGCAGCUGUACUGCCAAAGUACUUGCUCUAUUUUAGAAGCCGGAGGGAGUAAAGUGCAAGUGUUGCACUGCAGUAAGUGCAAAGUCUGCCCCCACCAUAGAGAGACAAUGACAAUGUAGAUGUGGGAUAUGUGGCUGAGGAGACAGGGAACACGGUAAAAUACAAUGGUGUCAACUGAUAACAGCACCAUUACAAGGACUGUCCCAAUGCUAUUAACUGACUGCACCUUGGCCUGGCUUGGGCCCCACUGGUAAUCAUGGAGGUGUGCUGCCCCCUGGUGCAUCCACUCAGCACAUGCCCAUGGUAUCUGAAGCAGGUGGCUCUUUGAGCUGAGACAAUGACACCAUCCACCUGCCAUGUUAUGUUGUCUCUUGGCACUGGCCAGACUAGAAGCAACUGUGUUUGGCAGAGAUGCUGAGCCAUGUGGUGGCUAUUCAUGGAAAGGCCAGCUUCUGCUUCAUUCCUGAUAUCGUGGGUACAAUACAGAUUAAUAAGCAGUAAGGAGCUGAUGUAUAAACAGCAGUUACAUAUUUUUAAAUUCCCCUUCGAACAAUUUAAAAUAAAACAUGUAUACACAUCUCUUUCUACUGUACUUUAGCACCACAGGAUAUCAAUUUUCAAGCCUAUAUUACCUGAUAGACAUAUAUGAAGUUUGGAAGGAAAAUAAGGCAAUUUGGUUUACAAUGUUGAUAGUUGUAGCUUACUUAAUGCUCUAAUGGAGAAAGCAAUCCUCACCCAUUAAAUCAUUACAAAAUUCAAUGCUCCCAGCAUUUUAUGGUCACACAAAUGUAGGACAAAUGGUGAGACCAAGGUCUUCCAAGCUUUUCCAUCCAGAGUCAGUACUUAUGCAGAUACAGACUUACAAACACACGCAUCAGGUUUAAUGCUGUUGAGAGCCCUGUGGAAACAAAAUAGGGAAUGCUUACAAAACACUAUGCAGUAAACCCUGUCAACUAAGCUUGGAUGUUUAUGAAUUUACUGAGAAGAUUCUCGGAUUCCUAAUGGCUCAUGGCUUGAGUAUCUGGAAAAUAUAAACAAAUGUGAGAACAGCAUGCUCAGAAAAGUGCUAAUGUCCCAAAGGAAGUUCCAGACAGUAGAAAAUUUGUAGGGAAUUGGUAUGUGACUCCAAAGAUAUAGCUUGCCUUCAAGCACAAAGCCUCGGGUUCAAACCCUUGCACUAAAUAAAACUGUACCUCCAAAGCAGAAGACCAACACUUGAAUUUGUCCUGUGACUGAAAUGUACAUGGCUACACUCACACAAACAUGUAGACACACACAAAACCUGAGGGUUGUAUUACAUGCCUGUGAUCCCUGAAUUAAGGGGUUGGAAGCAGAAGGAUCAGAAGUUGAAGGUCAUCCCUGGAUACAAAAGUAAGUUUGAGGCCAGUCUGGGCUACAUGAAACCCUGACUUACACAUACACCAAAAAACCACAGAACAAAUCUCUACAUUAUAGUUCAACUACUUCUCACGGCUGACCCUCCUUUAAAAUAAAUCCCUGAGCCAUUUAACCUACAAAUUAUAUAGGAUUGGCUAAAACACCCUUAAUAAGCCUUCCUGAUAACUGUUCAAAUAAUCCUUCUUUUUAAAAAUAAAACAUAAGCUCAUUCUAGUCUA